AUGACUGUUUUUGGGCCUUAUACGUCCCCAGAGGCAUGUUUCAAGGCUCAAAUUCGAUUGAUACUGGAUUUGAUAGUUCAACAAGAAUCCUACAUCAAUCGCCCAAUCGAUGCGUUUCUCAUACAUCGUUUCCUCUUAGAGAUUGUGCCUACAAUUCUCUCAAAGAACGACCUUGAUGAUGGAAUGUUCUACUUGAAACACGCAGACGAGAAAGGGGAUCAGAUACUCGUUGACAACGACUUCAACAUAACAGGCAUUAUUGACUGGGAAUGGGCGCAGAUAGAUUCCAAAUCAGCAGCUUUUAACUCGCCAAUUGUGCUUCUUCCCGUUGCCGACUUCUACGAGGGAGCUGAUUAUAUCGGAGGUGAUGAACUUUAUUUUGCCGAAUGUCUAGAAGAGAAAGGGCAUUCAGACCUUGGGGAGAUAGUUCGAAAUGGGCGGCUUCUUCAUCGAAUCCAAUUUUGUUGCGGAUAUGACCUUGAUGACUGGGACGGAUUCAUUGGGCUCUUCUUCGGGCUGCUCAAGAUAUUGGGCAUUGAAGGAGAUUCUCAAUGGGAAACGUGGAGAGCGGGCGCCUUAGAGGGCUAUCGAGAUGAUGAUCAACUCCAGCAACUCCUUCAACAGACCGGAAAAUCAGAAUGA